CUCAAACCUCGUCUGUGCUCCUUCCUUGACCUCGACUCCUGCGUCAAUUGCUCCCUGAGAAUGGCUCAAACAUCGCGUCUCCUCUCCCGUUCUUUCGGCCUCGCUUCGCGUCCCAUGCGACAGCCUUUCCCGACGCGUUACUCCCAUCCCCGCACCCUCGCCACAGUGACCCCCACACUCCCACGCGUCGACCAUGCACAGUCUAGCGACAACCAGACAGUCGCAGCCAUGGGCCGGACAGCGUCUGGAAAAGACCUGCAAAUUAGGAAAUAUCCGACGUUUGAACGCAAAGAGGACGAGAGACUGUAUAGGAAGCAACAUCUUGCCGCAGCGUAUCGCGUGUUUGCUGAGCGGGGAUUUGACGAGGGUGUUGCGGGACAUAUCUCUGUGAGAGACCCGGUCUGGGAGGAUCACUUCUGGCUGAAUCCCCUCUCUACCCAUUUCUCCCAAAUCCGCGUCUCGGACCUUAUCCUCGUCAAUGAGGAAGGCACCGUCGUGCAGGGCGACCAGCCUAUCAACGCAGCCGCCUUCGCUAUCCACAGCGCCAUCCACAGGCGAAGACCAGAUGUACAUGCAGCAUGUCACGCUCACUCCGUCUACGGCAAAGCAUGGAGUGUCUUCGGCAAAGAACUGGACAUGAUCACGCAGGACAGCAUUCGCUUCUACAAGAGCCAUGGGGUCUAUAAGCAAUUCGGAGGCGUAGUGCUGGCUAGUGAAGAGGGUGAGAGGAUUGCGGAUGCGCUCGGCAACGGCAAAGCUGCCAUCCUUCAAAACCACGGCAUCUUGACCGUCGGCCAGACUGUCGACGAAGCAGCCUUCUGGUUUCUCUCGCUCGACAAGACGUGCCAGACACAGCUGCUCGUUGACGCGGCCGCGGCGGGAAACGGGCUCGAGAAGAAGAUUAUCGCGGAUAAGGAAGCGUCGGAAACGUAUGGGAAUGUCGGGACGCCGGAGAAGGGGUGGUUGGCGUUCCAGGGGUACUAUGAUGAGAUCCUAGUAAAGACGGGUGGAGAUUUUCUGCGGUAGUGAGGGUAUGUGAGAAAGUUCUGGGGGUGAUAGGAUUUGAGAGAGAAUGUAGAGAUAUUGAUGAUUGGGAUUCCGUGGCUAAGGUUCAGCAAGGUCUCUAGUACGAGGCCUACUUACUCUGAGCUUUCCUCAAUUGAAUCGCUUGCUCACUCCGGCUACAGACGCGUUGGCGGGCAGUCGGUCCCCGGCAUAUACUCGAAUGCGUCUUUUCGACACCAUCCAUCGCCCUGCCCAGUCGCCGUUGAAUUGAUGUAGCAGGACGUCUCCACGGAUAGAUAU